ACUUCGGCCCCUGCUGCAUCACAUGACCUCAUGUCCCGCGUGUUUCUGCUCAUUUUCCUUCUCCUCUGCAUCGAACAAGCAUCCAGCCAAGCCCGACAACACCCCACUUGGAAAACCGAAUUUUUGGAUCUGCUCUGUUCUCCUUGCCCCUGUCCGCGAGCUGCUCUUGCCGGUGAGAGUGCUUUUGGUUUUCUGUUCCUCUCCAAGAUCCUACCAGCCUUCCCACCGCCAGCUCCAAUUUCUUUGCUUGCGGAAUUUUCUGGUAGUGAGAGCCGACACAUGGGGAGCCCGAGAGAGUGAUGAACUAGGCAACUAGGCAUUAUUUUGGACUUAGAUUUUGUAGCUAGGCCACUAGUCACCCAUGCUUGACAUAGAAAAUUUAUGUACAGAGCUUCCUUAGUUUUAGUCAUGAUCGUAUAUAUGAAGUUAUAAAUUUUGUACAUCUUGAUUGGUAAAUAUUUGGUAAAUAAAAAGGUUUAGAUUUCAAUUGUCUGAAUUGCUAAGUAAGAACUCAGUAGGUUCCGAGCCUUGUGCAUUUGUGGGCCCUGUUCACGAGUGCACGGCGUCUGUCUCGCUCUAGGGUUUGGGGUGUGACACAACCCUUUUUAUAAUUAACAAGUGAAUGACUU